AGCUGCCGGAAAGGACCCAGCCUCGAGAUGGAAGAGCAGAGGCGUUCUGUGGGCUGGGCUGAGGAGCCUUCUCCCUGAGACAGCAUCUGCUUGACCCUCAGCUGGGGAGGGACCACCCUGGGGUUGUCCUAGUCGAUUCUGGCAUUGCUUCCACCCGGUGGUGGUGGAGACUCAGAGGGCGGGUCAUGCUCCGGGGUCAGGGAGGAGAGUGACCCGGCCCUGGUCCAAGGCCCUCCCCGUCCGCCUUGCGGCCAGAACUAACUCCAGCCCUGGGGAGUGGGCAGGGCCUGUUUGCCGUGCCUCACGCCCUGCUUUUCGCCUCCUUCAGCGCUGUCCGCUGGCUGCUUUUCCUGCUCUCUCUCCCGGGAGGCCAACCCUUGUGCCCGAGAUGGCAGCCACCCUGCUCAUGGCAGGGUCUCAGCAACAAAGUGCUGUGGUGUGGAAACAGAAGUGGGAGUGAUUAAUUCUAUCUGGAGCAUCCGAGGGCGGAGCUGAGCAGAAGGAGGGGGACAUCGAAGAAAACCAUAAUGAAUGGCAGUGUUUCACUAAUCUGAGAAAGAUAUUUCAAGAAAAGAGGAACAUUGUCUGUAAAGCAAUGGAGUGAUGGAAUUGCUAUCUGUGUUCUCAGAAAGGCAAGGCUAGAGGGCACCUGUGACAUUUGAAGAUAUGGCCAUGUACCUCACCCGGGAAGAAUGGAGACCUCUGGAUCCUACACAAAGGGACCUUUACAGGGAUGUUAUGCAGGAGAAUUAUGGAAAUGUUGUCUCAUUAGACUUCGAGAUCAGGAGCGAGAACGAAGUGAAUCCAAAGCAAGAGAUCAGCGAAGAUGUGGAAUUUGGGACCACAUCCGAAAGGCCUGUUGGGAACGCCGAGGAAAAUGCUGACGGUGAAGAGGCCUUCGGAAGCGGGGACAGGUCGGAAAGACAGUGGGGCGACUUGACAGCAGAAGAGUGGGUGAGCUAUCCUCUCCAACAAGUCACCGACCUGCUGGUGCACAAAGAGGGCGCGGCGGGCAUCCGCUACCACAUAUGUUCCCACUGCGGAAAGGCCUUCAGUCAGAUCUCGGACCUUAACCGCCACCAGAAGACGCACACGGGAGACAGGCCCUAUAAGUGCUACGAGUGCGGAAAGGGCUUCAGCCGGAGCUCGCACCUCAUCCAGCACCAGCGCACGCACACCGGGGAGCGGCCCUACGACUGCAGCGAGUGCGGCAAGAGCUUCGGCCGGAGCUCGCACCUCAUCCAGCAUCAGACCAUCCACACAGGCGAGAAGCCGCACAAGUGCAGCGAGUGCGGGAAGAGCUUCUGCCGGCUGUCCCACCUCAUCCAGCACCAGCGCACGCACAGCGGCGAGAAGCCGUUCGAGUGCGAGGAGUGCGGCAAAAGCUUCAGCCGCAGCUCUCACCUGGCGCAGCACCAGCGGACGCACACGGGCGAGAAGCCCUACGAGUGCAACGAGUGCGGCCGGGGCUUCAGCGAGCGGUCGGAUCUCAUCAAGCACUACCGCGUGCACACGGGCGAGAGGCCCUACAAGUGCGACGAGUGCGGCAAGAACUUCAGUCAGAACUCCGACCUGGUGCGGCACCGGCGGGCGCACACCGGGGAGAAGCCGUACCACUGCAACGAGUGCGGGGAGAACUUCAGCCGCAUCUCCCACCUGGUGCAGCACCAGCGGACCCACACCGGGGAGAAGCCGUACGAGUGCAACGCCUGCGGGAAGAGCUUCAGCCGCAGCUCUCAUCUCAUCACGCACCAGAAGAUCCACACCGGGGAGAAGCCCUACGAGUGCAACGAGUGCUGGCGCAGCUUUGGCGAAAGGUCGGAUCUCAUCAAACACCAGAGGACGCACACCGGGGAGAAGCCCUACGAGUGCGUGCAGUGUGGCAAAGGGUUUACCCAGAGCUCCAACCUCAUCACGCAUCAGAGAGUCCACACAGGCGAGAAGCCCUACGAGUGUACCGAGUGCGAGAAGAGUUUCAGCCGGAGUUCGGCCCUUAUUAAACACAAGAGAGUUCACACCGACUAGGUCCUGUAACUACGACUGCGCGGUGAUUAGUUUGAAAGUACUUGUAGCUGACACCCGUGAGCUGGCUUGAGGCCGAGCUGCUUCUACCCUGCCGACUUUCCUGGUUGUGGGUUGCAAAUAGAACAUCCAGGAAGACUGCCCCUAUGAAAUUCAGACCCACAGUUCUGGGAACUUUAUCCCCUCCUCCGGAAGAGAGGCUUUUAUUUACUCAAUUUUUAUUCACUCAAUAUGAAUGGAUUACUUCAUCAAAUCCAGUCCUGCAAGUAGCUGGAACUCUGAAGACCAGGGACAAAAGCUGGUGAAUGCUCAGGCCUGGGAUUGGACUAAAUCUUUAAAGGUUACUUCUCCGAUCCAGGGCCCAAAAUCUCUGCUAGGGGAAAUGCGGACGUCAUAGGGUGGUCAGGGUUGCUCUGGAGAAGGCCACCAGACGUGGUCUGAGUUGCCACCCUGUUCACACACCAGAGUAGAGGGCACACCCUUCUUCCCUGCAGAGGCUUUCCCUGGAGUCACUCCCACAUCUGUAUCUUUCUUCUUCCUGAGAGCAGGAUUCUGCAUGAUGAAGGACACGAUCGUACCUUUUCUCCCUCUCAUUGUUUCUAAUGAACCUGUUUGAAGCUCGUGUCUUUGGGACACAACCGAAGACACAAGUGUGAAAGGAAAAAUGAGACACGGAUUUGAGGACCAAGGACCCAUUAUCGGUGGGGGACUUUAGCAAGAGAUGCCCACUGUUGUAAUUGUCAUGAAUCAGGUUUAUGAAUUUUCUUUGGAAAUCAUUGUAGGGAACGUUGUAGGGAAAAUAUCUUCAAGGAAAGAUAGGACUAUAAGUGAUGGAGCGAAAGGAGCAGGCGGAGCGUCUGCUACCCGGAAGGAAGUGCAGAGCCCCUUCCUAAGGCGUCUAGGUGGGGUCUGUAUCCCUCCCCCCAACCUUUCAGAUCAAUUCUUCCUACACUAACUCUAGGGCUUGAUAGGGCCACAUCUAGUGUUUAUCUUAGCUUGCUAAGGGCAUGUCUGUACAGUGAAAUGUGUACUCCUUUGGUUUUUCUAAUAGUGGUAACUGAAUUUGCAAAGAAUUAGCAUGUUCUUGGGUGAUGUGGAUUAUGUGACAGAACUACAGACAUAACUCCAAUGUGAGAAAUGUCCUUUCUCUUUCAUUUCUUAUGGAAAAAAAUUUAAAUACUAGUGCUUAUGUGUGCACUGUCCUGUAAAGUUUGUGUAGAGCUCAGUAUGUGUCCAUCUGAUUGUAUGUGUCCAUCAAUCAGAGAUAACGACUGGACAAAAAGGUUGAUUGUCCUCUUCUCAGACUGAAUUAUCUUCUAUGGCAAUGAAGACCUCUUUGGCCUAGUCAGAAGGAAUUAAUAAGGUAGGAAUGUGUUUCCCCCCCCCACCUACAGAUAGAAAUGGUUAAAAUAAGAGUUGGCCUGAUUUAAGCCCAGUAGUAUUCGUUUCCCAUCUCUCAGUCCAAGUAGGAAUUAAGAAAUAACCCAAAUAUUGAUACUUCACCCAGUCUGUGGGGGAUGGGAAGGAACUAGCGCCCAGGAGGUGGGGCCGGAAUAAGGAACGCCUUGUCCUUUGAGAGGGAGGGCCCCAGUGUGUUUCUGCCAUGCUCUCUUGUGAAUGUUGUAACAUUUGAAAAAAAUGUUUUUGCCAAAUCUCUUUGGGACUUGGUGUUAAAGGAGCCAUUGGUCUCUCUUGGGCAGUGACUAUACUAUGUGAGUUAUCGUGACCCACAGCUGUGGAAUUACAUUGCUUGAAAAUGACACAACCUCAAAAUGAAAAAUGAAACAAAAUGAAAAACCACUCCAAGGGGCUUUCUUCAUAUUGCCACUCGUAUGUAAAACAAACGUGGGAAAGGCAGCAUGGUUUUUGUUCUAUACAAAAUCUAGCAGACUGUGCAUAUUCCUAUUUUAGUUGUUGGGUGACUUGUAUGUUCUUGGUAACUAAACUCACAUAUGUCUUCUCCUGUAUCAAUGUUGCUGAUGGUUUUAAUGAUUUCAGCGUUCUCCUGGUGCAGCGUUGAGACACUCCAAGUGUCACCCUGGGAGUGGGGCAGAGAAGUCAGCGUCUCUCAUCCUAACUGUAUCUCACGCUCUUCCCUUUCCCUGUUCUUACCUCACCCCAACCUGAUCCUGCUGCCACCUUUGGCUUCUUAGAGGUGAAGGGCUCAAGAAAAGCUCUGAGUGCCCACCCGUCUCUCCACACACGUGUGCUCCAGUGGGGAAGUUAAACGGGCAAGUGCCACAUGGCCCCAUCUCCUCUUUCUGCCAAUUGCUGCCCUUUGCUGUGCUGAACUGGGUGUAGAAGUCGUGCAUCAGACCCUCUUGGCUAAUGGUGUUUGCCUGGCUUCUGCUCUCAAGUCCCUGGCUGCUUCUGCACUUGAACACCCUGUGCCUGUUUUCUGUGGAUGUGGAGAGUGAAUGAGCAAGUAAGUCUGUAGAGCAUUUUCCUUACGGUAUUGGUCACAGUUAUCCUAGUGUUGAUUGACAUCUGUAUUAUCCUAACAAUAUUCUAUAAUUAAAAGUACAAUUUUAAAAAUCAAAACAGCUGAGGAUUAUUUCAAUAAUUUGGCACGGAUGCACAUACGGGCUUUUCAUCAGAUUCAUUAAAUUUGGGCAUGACCAUCUUGACAUUGAUGCUUUUGUGUGCAGACCCUCUGUACAGAUGUUCUUGUUGGGGAGCCAGGGGCGUAGUGUCUUGAGCCCUCUAGAUGUUGCCAUAUCUUGAGAAGGUGCGUAAAACCUGUGAAGGGAAACCUGUUUCCUGCGAAGGUUAUGCAGGUAGCAAAAGCGACAUGGAAGUACUUGGUAUGGAUGACUCAUUAACUUUGAAGGAAGAGGAAAAACAUCAAAAAGGAAAAAUGGGAGAAGGUCUUGUUGCUCUCAGACAUUUUGGGGGUAGGCAUUAAGGAGACUAACACAAACUCUGCUGAGCUAGGACUGGGUUCCCAGAGCAACAUUCUCUCAUGGACAGGAAGGUUGUCUCUUCACAACACUGGAGCAAGUGUGCCCAAGGCAGUGACUAUGUAUUACUAGGGUGUGGCCACAACUUUAAUAUUACAAGUCAUUUUCUCUUAUGAAAUCUUUCUUUUUAAAUGGAGGGCCAGUCUAGGCAAGGUAGGGGCAGAAUACAAAUACGGAAAAAAAAAAAGGAAUUAAUCAACCCUAUAACCAAGAAUUGGAAAAAAGAACA